AACCACACUCAGACCUAAAACCAAACAACGUCGCGGACUAGAACUCAGUCUCUUUACAACAGCAGGCCACUCAACUCAAAAUGCAGAGCCCGGAAAAGUGGACUAACGACGAGGAAAUUAAAAUUUUCCAGGAGUAUUUACGUAUACCCACAGUCCAUCCAGAUAUUGACUAUACUGCGUGUGUGGAGUUUCUAAAGCUCCAGGCUGGCAACCUGGACCUACCGGUGGAUGUGAUCCAUCCUGUCCUGCCAUCGAAACCGGUGGUGAUUAUGAAGUGGCUGGGGAAGAGUCCCGAACUGCCAUCGAUUAUUUUGAACUCGCACAUGGACGUGGUCCCCGUGUUUGCCGAGAAUUGGACCCAUGACCCCUUUGGCGCUGACAUAGACGCCGAAGGCCGGAUUUAUGCACGUGGUACGCAGGACAUGAAGUCCGUGGGAUGCCAGUAUCUGGCUGCCAUCCGUGCCCUUAAAUCUAGUGGCUAUCAGCCCAAGAGAACUGUGUAUCUGACGUUUGUGCCCGACGAGGAAACUGGCGGAGACAUGGGCAUGGCCGAAUUUGUGAAAGGCGAUUACUUCAGGGCCAUGAAUGUGGGUUUCAGCCUGGACGAGGGCAUCGCCAGUGAAGAUGAUUUUUAUCCAGUCUUUUACGCAGAGCGCACACUGUGGCAUCUCCGUUUAAAAUUCAAUGGCACUUCAGGCCAUGGAUCGCUGCUGCACAAUAAAACAGCUGGCGAAAAGUUCCAGUUUGUGUUGGAAAAGCUGAUGAUGUUCCGGGAAACUCAGGUACAGCUGUUGGCAAAGAAUUCCUCCUUGGAUAUCGGUGAUGUGACCACUCUGAAUUUGACCCAACUUGGAGGAGGAAUCCAAAGCAAUGUGGUUCCGCCUGUGCUGGAAGCAAUUUUCGAUAUUCGCAUCGCCAUCACCCAGGACGUGGAUGAGCUGGAGAGGAAGAUUCGCGCCUGGGGUGAGGAGGCUGGAGGUGGACUUGAACUGGAUUUCAUUCUAAAGUGUCCCCAUGUGGAGACAAAGGUAGACGGUUCCAAUCCCUACUGGUUGGCCUUCAAACAGGGCCUGGAUGAACUCGGCUUGAAAACCCACCUUCGAGUUUUCGCCGGCGCCACCGAUAGUUAUUACGUCCGGCAGCUAGGCAUUCCUGCUCUGGGGUUUUCCCCCAUCAACAAUACUCCUGUGCUGCUGCACAAUCAUGAUGAGUAUUUGCACGCCGACACCUAUCUGCACGGCAUUCAAGUGUAUAAGAAGCUUAUCCCGGCAGUUGCUGAUUCAUAAACUGUUCAACUGAAACUAUAUUCUGAUGAUUCAAAAAUGGAAAUAAUAUGUUUUGAUUGGUCUUAUCAUUAUGAGUAAUGUUUGAAAUCGAUGAGUGUAAGGCCGAUGUGAAAUGUAUAAAUUUUCUGAUUACUUCAAAUCAUAUCUGCUUAAAUACAAAUAACAGUAAAACACUGAUAGCAAAAA